AUGGAAAGGAUGGGUUUUGGGGGAAGAUGGAUGGGAUGGAUUGAUUUAUUGGUUUUUAAUAGUAAGAUGUCGGUUCUUGUUAAUGGUGGUUGUACCAAAGAAUUCGAAGUGAUCCGAGGGUUGAGACAGAGUGACCCCCUCUCACCUUUUCUUUAUGUUUUAGAUGCGGAAGGUCUUUUGGGGUUAGUGAGGAAAUCCAUUGACGUUCGGGAUUUAUCCAUAAAAGGUUCUUGUUGGGUGGAAAAUCUUCAAUUUGCAUAUGAUACUUUACUUGUGGGAGAAGAGACGUGGAAGCAUGUUUGGGCGAUUAAGACGGUGAUUCGGGCAUUUGAAAUUGUGUCGGGCCUUGGAAUUAAUUGUCAUAAAACUAAAUUGAUAGGUAUUAAUUCAAGGGGUCCGUUUUUGGAAGCCGCACCGGUUCUUGUAAAGUGGAGGAGAGAAAAUUUUAUUUCUUUGGUAUUCCCAUUGGUUUUGAUCCUAGGAAGGAUACGACUUGGAAUCCUCUAUUGGUGA